ACCUAUUCUAUCUAGGUAGGUAGAUAUGAUUACUUCAUGAGAAGUACUCCAAUCAAGCUUCAUUAACAUAUGAAUCUCUUGUUGGACAGUUCCUAAAAUGCAAUACCUAUAUCACCUUCUCCCUUGUUUCUAUUCUUGAUGUUGUGCUGAUAUCUGUAUGAAGCACAAAAUGGCCAGAUUGAAUGAGCCUAUUGGACAUCCAGAAUCAGUCGAUGCCCUUAAGCGUCGCUUUGUGAGACAAAAUCGCGAGAUUGCUCGUGUCAACUCACUCCAGUCACUACGAAUUCGAAGUCUCGAGUCCGAGGUUUCCCACCUUCUAGCCGAAAAUGUGUCAUUACGAGAACAAAAUAUAGCUCUGAAUCAAGAUAUCGCGCGGCUAGAGGCCACCAGCUUGCUCCGUGCCAAUAUUGAUAGUGUGAAGGCAAAGUUAGAAGCUAAAUUAGGAGAGUUGAACGACUUGGUUCUUGAUUUGGUCACGAUCCCCCAGAGGCUUGGAAAGAAGCCUGAAGACAUAGCGACGUUUGAUAAGGAAGAGACUAAAACAUCAGCCCCAACCGGUCAUGCGGGAAUUUCGGAUUGGAGCGCCGGCGAGCAGAGUCGCCUCCCUCCUAUUCUCGAAGAUAAAUGCUUCCCGAGGAACACACUCGAUGUACAAGAUUUCCAAGAGCUCCUAGAAGAUGGCCAAAACGUUCCCCCGAAUCCGGGUUUCAAGUCCCCCCAACUUGAGCCACACGCUCCUACUGGCGAAAUAUAUGAGAUUGAAUUACAAAAGCAGGGUGAUGCUUGUAACAACUCUAUCGAUACUCCGGGCUCGGAUGAAAUGAAGGAAACCGUCUUCGUUGACACGCCAGAAAUACAGGAUGAACAGAUGAACAUCUCUAAUGAAAUUGAAAGGGGAUGGGCUUCCUUAAACUCUCAAUCUUCCAGUUCAGAUACUGGUUUUCCUCCCCCGAAAGCGGGUUCAAAACGGAAAUAUGACCCUGAUGAAGAAGACACUGCGCCAAUCGCCAUCAGCACCCAUGGCGAUUUCAAAUUCAGCCGACCAAGUGGCUCAGGGCGGAAUCUGGAGGACGUUUUGGUGCAGUUGAGUGAUAUGAGUACAAGUCCACAAAGGUUGCAGCUAGCCUCCUUGGAGGAACGGAGUAGAAAGGCUUUAGGACCAAAAACAGCAAAUUCCCACUUGACCUCACCCAGGAAGCUUAAUAGUGACGCAAAAGAACCAGAUCGAACCCCUCGCGGCAGAAAAAGGAAGACUGGCAUGAAGGAGAACAAGAUAUCGGGGAAUCAAGACUGCCGAAGUCUGGACAAAAUAACCUCCGAUGAUAUCCUUGAGAUUCUCCAGGAAAGCGAUGUACAUUCAAGAGAGCAGAUUGAGAACCAAGAAAUAUGUGGGUUUUCCGUUGAAACGCAACCCAAUUCGUCUUCUCCUAGAGGAUACUGCCGAUCAGUGCCGGAUCUCGAUCUGCAAAGCGUCGUCUCUCGACCGAGUCGCCGUCAAAGGUCAGUUAUGAGUUACGCAGAGCCGAACCUGAGAGACAAGAUGCGAAGACCUACGAAGGCAUUCGUGGAUGCAGUUGGGGGUCAAACGGAGCGAAGAAUAUCUAGUUCUCAAUCACCCCAGGCAUGGAUGAUCGACGAAGGGGCCCAGCAACGCAGUGGGAAGAGGUCAAGCGAUAUCUCGAACAACUCCUCCGCGCAAGAUAUGGAUUUUGUGUCUCGGCGAAAACGCGGAGCGGUUUUAACAAAGCAUGGAGAAUCGCUCGAGACACUUGAGGGAACUAGGACAACAACUCUAGAUGAUAUAGGCGCCAAUGUUCGGAAAAAGUCGGCUGCGGAGACCCGGGAACUUGUGCUUGGGAGAGAUACUACACCAGCUUCGGACAGCCUGGUCACAGCAGGCAUCGAGGACGAUCAUAUUGCACAUAUGUCACCUAGAAAUGAGAAAAAAGGGGCCAGAAGGCAAUCUCGAAGGCACUCUUCGAAACCAGCAUCGACCGACAGUGUUGAGAGUCUAAGACGAUUGAGACAUCCACGGGCAAAUGAGCACACGGGUCAGAUCCAAGAGGUUGGCAAAAGCCCCGAGGAUAAAUUCCGCAUUGAGGGGGCGAAGAUGGAUUCUGAUUCAUUUCUAUUUUCAAGUGGUGCACCCGAAAGGGAUACGAUACAGGCUAGGCGUGCAUCACGGGUACCCUCACGGCGAAACAGUAUGAUGCUUUAGCCACCUGACCCUGCUGUGAAUGCAGCCUUUGCCCGUGCAAUCCUUAAUCAGGGACUAGCCUCAGACUACUUCACUUGGGCUCUUAAUGGCUAGGUUUAUUUAUUAGUAGUUUAUAGGCAUUGGCUCUCUUGUUUUAUAGAAGCAUGUAUUAUGUAAAUAUAUAUUAAAUAUUGGCUUUUUACUUGACUCGUUCAUUGAACUGUUGGUGUUUUAGUGGCUAAGUACUUGACCACUGAAAUUAUUGCUAUGAAAAGAUAUGAAUGUUG